UCAUGCUGUAGAAAGCAAGCAUGGCGGCGAAAAACAAGCAACGUAAAAAAUCCAAAGCGGGCUUUAAAGUGUCUUUUCAGCCGGCAAAAGAUGACAUGGAGGACGAAAACGGCGGCGGGGAGGAGGGGGAAGAUCCUGCGGAGGAUGGACGUAAAGACAAGGGCAAGAAAGCAGAGGAAGAAGAGUUUAACCUGGAUGAUGUUCUCCGGCUGGGAGGAACACAGGCCGACUACGUCCUGCUCGCCAACCUGAACGAUGAAAACGAGCUGGUGGACGGAGGAAAGAAAGGAGCGAUCGACGACCUGGAGGAAGGCGAGCUCGAGAAGUUCAUCAAAAAACUGGGUAUCCGAUCCAUCGAAGGACUGCAGAUCAUCCCCGACGAGCCGGAGGAAAGCGCUGAGGAGACGGAGGGUACAGAGGGUACAGAGAGUAAAGUGAUUAAAGGGAUACAAGAGGGUACAGAGAGUAAAGUGAUUAAAGUGAUUAAAGAGGGUAACAAGGCCAAAGAGAAGGAAGCCGCUGCAGCGAAGGAACAAACAUCCAGCGUGCCGCCCAAAGUGGAAACCAUAAAGAAAGAGAAGAAGGCAAAAGAAGGCCGGAAGAAGAAGCAGAACGUGAAUGUGUUUGAGUUCCAGCCGAGGAAAAUCCUGCUCAUCAGACCCGGGGGGAAGUGGUUCGAUCUGGAAUACACCGCGGAGGGAGCAACGUCCCCACAGGAUCCCUCUCUGAUCUCUCAGUAUAAAGCUCUGGCCGUCCAGCUGUACGAGGCCGACCAGGGGCUCUACAAAAGCAAGAAGAACCUGCAGAAAGGAGCCAACUCCAACUGGAUGAAGACGGUCGUUUCCUCCGGCGUGCUGGCUGACAGGAUGGCGGCCAUGACGGUUCUGAUCCAAGACGCUCCGGUGCACACGCUGGAACACGUGGAGAACCUGGUGGCCAUGGUGAAGAAGAAGGGCAGUCGGAGGCAGGGUUUGAUGGCGUUGGACACUCUGCGGGAACUUCUCCUCUCCGAUUUACUCCCGGAAAACAGGAAGCUCCGAUCCUUCGCCGAGCACCCGUUCGAUCAACUUGAGGAAAAGGCGAGCGGAAACAGAGACGCUCGAGAUCGCCGACUCAUCCUCUGGUACUUCGAGCACCAUUUGAAGCACCACGUCGCCGAGUUCGUGGCGGCGUUGGAUUCCGUCGCUCACGAUACGGUCGCGGCGACGAAAGCGAAAGCGUUGGCGACGGCUCACGAGAUGUUGUGCAGUCGACCGGAGCAAGAGAGAGCGCUCCUGAUGCAGGUGGUCAACAAACUGGGCGACCCGGAGUACAAGACGGCGGCGAAAGCGUCCCAUUUGUUGGAGUCUCUGAUUCACAAGCACCCCAACAUGAAGGUGGUGGUGAGCUGCGAGGUGGAGAGACUCAUGUUCCGACCCAACAUCAACCCCAAGGCUCAGUAUUACGCCGUGUGCUUCCUCAGCCAAGUGAUGCUCAGCCACGACGAGGCAGAUUUAGCCGCCAAACUCAUCACCAUCUACUUCUCCUUCUUCCGCGCCUGCGUGAAGAAGAAGGACAUCGAGUCGAAGAUGCUUAGCGCGCUGUUGUCGGGCGUGAACAGAGCGUAUCCCUACGCCGGCUCCGGAGACGAGAAGGUGAAGGAGCAGCUGGACACGCUGUUUAAAGUCGUGCAUCUGGUGAAGUUCAACACGGCCGUGCAGGCGCUCAUGCUGCUGUUCCAGGUGAUGGACUCACAGCAGAGCAUCUCAGAUCGAUACUACGUCGCUCUGUACAGGAAGCUUCUGGACCCCGGUCUUUCUUCCUCUUCUCGUCACAGCAUGUUCCUGAACCUCCUCUAUAAAUCCCUGAAGGCGGACAUAGUCGUCCGUCGUGUGAAGGCGUUUGUGAAGCGCCUGCUGCAGGUCAGCGCCGAGCAGAGCGCCUCCUUCACCUGCGGAGCGCUCUUCCUCGUGUCCGAGGUGAUGAAGAGCAAACCGGCUCUCAAGAUCCUGCUGCUGGAGGACGGGGACGGGGAUGAGGAGGCGUUCAAAGACCUCGCUGAGGAAGAUGAUGAAGAGGAGCACUUUGUGGACGCAGUCAAACAAGAGGAAGAAGCGAGUGUAGAACCAAAGGAGGAAGAAGCGAGUGCAGAGCCACAGGAGGCGAAGCCCAGUGCAUCAUGGGUACAUCACCAGAACCUGGAAGGAGGAAAGAGCAUCCAGAGCUACGACCCGCUGCACAGAAACCCGUUGUUCUGCGGCGCCGACCGCACGACUCUGUGGGAGCUGCAGAGGCUCGCCGCUCACUUCCAUCCGUCCGUGUCGCUGUUUGCAAAAACCAUCCUGGAGGGCGGCUCCAUCCUCUACUCCGGAGACCCUCUGCAGGACUUCACUCUGAUCCGGUUCCUCGACCGCUUCGUCUUCAGAAACCCAAAACAGAUGAAGGGAAAACAAAACACAGAUUCUUCCGCGCUGACGCCCAAACAGAGAUUCCCUCUCAAAUCUGUUCCAGUGAACUGUGAGGAGUUCCUGACUAAAGAGGAGAGCCAGAUCCCCGUCGAUGAAAUCUUCUUCCAUCGUUUCUUCAGGAAGCGUCACCAGGAGAAGCAGCUGAAGAUCCGCCGGCCUCGAGGAGACGGAGACAACGAGAGCGUGGAGGACGUGGAUGACGACGAGUUUGAGAAAAUGCUCGACUCCUGCGAGGGAGACUCGUACUUCACGGAGAUGGCUGACGAUGAUCUGGACUUCGCAGGUAAUGUGAAGGCCAAGAAGAAGAAGAAGAAGGAUGCGGAGGCGUCGGACUCGGAGGACGACUCGGACGCGGACCUGGACGACGAGGAGGUUUCUCUGGGCUCCAUGGACGAGGAAGACUUCGGAGACGAGCUGGAGGAAGAGGGGGGGACCUUCAUGGAUCCUGACGGGGGAGGAGAGGAUGACGACGAUGAAGAAGUUCCCGAGCUGGAGGACGAUGCAUUUGGUGAUUCAGACGAUGAGAUGGAAGUUCCUGAUAUCACUCCUCUUCUCAAGAAGGGGAAGCGGAAAUCCUCCGAGGAGCCGGACUCUUCUUUAGGUCCAAAGCAGGGGAAGAGGAAGAAGGGAAAGAAAGACACGGCCAUGUUUGCUUCUGCAGAAGAGUUCGGCUCCAUGCUGGACGAGAACGCCGGAUCCAAGUUUGACAACACCGGCCUGAACGCCAUGGCCAACAGCGACAAAGCAGGUCUGAAGCAGUUGAAGUGGGAGGCGAACAGAGACGACUGGAUGCAGGACCGCGACGCCAAGACCAUGAGGAAGAAGAAGACCAUGUUCAACAAGAACAAGAAGGCGUUCGGUCGCCCGCGGACGGGAAAGACGUUCGGGAAGAGGAAGUAGUAGCAGCUGUCGUGAGAUCGUGGAGGUUUUUUUUAAUUGCAGGAUGUCCUCAGUCCUGAUUGGCCGACCAGGCGGCGAGGUCUUUCUCUCGGACACCGUAGACCCCCGCCCACUCGUUGGACUGGUAGUAAACUGGGAGGAAACAGAGGAGACAUGUUUGUUUUUCUGUGAAGAGACCCUGUUUUUCAUGGACGCUUUUAACAGAUUUCUUCUACGGGAAUUCAAGUUAUUAAACUUUUCUCCAUCUAUGACGCUUCUGAUAAAGGCAUGAAAAUGUCAUUGCCUAGUAAGUCGUCAAAACACAUGAAAAGUCAUAAGUAUGCCACCCUGUUUGUCAUUUAACAGAUUUCAUGUACAUCUACAGGUAUUCGAGUUAUUACCCUUUUCUGAAGCGUGAUUAUACGAGUUAUUUUGUAAACGUUUUAAGUGCCCAUUUCUUCAAUCCUGAUUAUUAAACAUUUAAAUGGG